CAUGGAGUUCAUGCCGCUCGUUAUAUUUGUAAUACAUGUACUAUACUAUGGAUUAGUGGAAAUCUACGAGCCGGAAUGCAUAUGGAACGAGACUCUUGUCGAUUCAGGGGGAAUCGAUUUGCGCAGAAAUCCGAUUCUCUACGAUGAAGAGCAGGCAUGGAGAAAAAAAAUACGGACGAUUAGUUGGAUAUUGGGAAUGCCCUAUAACGUGAUGCAACAGAUAGAGUAUAUGGUGAACAAUAUAACAACACCCAGGAACUUGGACGGUGAUAAUAACGAGAUUAAUAAGAACAACGAAACGUUGAAAAAUUCGCUACUUCAUGAUGGUUACAUAGUGAUCAACAACAGAAACAACUCUGAAAACUUGACUUUAAUGACGCAAAAGUUCAUGAUAUACAACUAUGUGAAAUACCACAUACUGCCCAACAAAACCUUGAAUGCGAUGCACUAA